GCCGUCAAAACGAAACCAGCCUCAACUUCAACACCCGCAACCACUUGCGACUGCCUCAGCUGUGUUGGUGCUGUUGUCGCCUGUGUCUGGCCGUCGAUCCUUCACCGUAUCAUCCCUCUGCGCCGAACCACUGUGACCCGCGGGCGCCCAACAUGGGCAAACUCACAUCCACCAUCGGCAUUCCGAUCAAGCUGCUCAACGAGGCUCAGGGCCAUGUAGUAACGUUGGAGCUCACAUCCGGUCAAGUGUACCGAGGAAAACUGCUUGAAGCCGAAGACAACAUGAAUGUCCAACUAAAGGACAUCACCGCCACAGCGCGCGACGGCCGAGUGUCACAUCUUGAUCAAGUCUACAUUCGAGGCAGCCACGUACGCUUCUUCAUCGUCCCAGACAUGCUUAGAAAUGCGCCUAUGUUCAGAUCGAGGGGUACUAGAGGCCGUGGUGUUGGUCUGGCAAGAGGAAGAGCUACAGUUAACCGGGCACGGGCUGGAAGGAGGAAUUAAGCUGGUACAGGCGCAAGUCGGAUGACAUGGAAACAGAAAUCGGGCAAGGGUUUGUUUUACGACGUUCGAAAUCUUUUCACCGAAACGUGCAAAAGAAUCGCUGCGCCACAGGAGGUACAGAUCGAGAGCGGCUGGAGGGAAGCGAAGAGAGGAAGUUCGUGUGAGAACUGAGCUUUAGAAGAUACCGCCGCUCUCCAGGAAGCCUGUGGAUGUCUAUCCAAUUCGGUCCAACUCGAAAACACGCUCCGACCAGCUGGCAGACUCCUGAUGCCGAUAUGGCACAUGAUUGAAUGAGUGCAGGGCAGGCGUUGCAGCCUCGCUUACGAACACAUUUGAAAACCUCGCCCUGCCAAGGCUGAAUAUAAACAUGAAUGAAACACCAUUCGAACUUUGAA